CCUCCGAGCCUUGAUUCGACGCCUUAUUUUGGUCUGCAAGAACAUAUGUUUCCUGCAAACGGUGUCUUGGUUUUAUCUUGAUUGUCGCAAGAGAUACCAGGUGCAGUAGUUUCUCGUGGUACGGUUCGAAUAGGGAUACCGGAACCUGAAUUUUCUGAAGGAGAAACAGCAAAAUCGCUAUGAUAUGACUGUUGCCUUGUUGGCUGCUUAUAGUACUAGAGAAAUUUAGCUGGUACUAUCAUUCAUGAGCUUAAUCAGGCUAAAAGUUUUUCUAAGACAUGAUCAUCCAGAGCCAACCUGUUCCUUUUCUUCUGCACCAUUUGAAUUGCACCAGGUAUAAUCCAAGUUCUGUAGAAAAUUCUUGUGUGGAUGAAUCGCAGAGCUAGAUUGCGGUGACAAAAGUCUUCCUUGGCCGUUGAGGCGUAUCUUUCGAUCGCACUUAAGAUCUGUCAUCUCAACCUACACAUAUAUUAUCUUCAUUUUGCGGGUGAAUCUCUACAUAUAUUCUGGUGGAAAGGCUAAUCAUCCCAUAAAUUAUGGAGAUGCCGGCAGGUUAACUCUUAGUAAUUGCAUGAAAAUAUCAAUAGUAUUAACCCUCACCUAUCACAUGAAGAUUUAAUUGUACUAGUGCGUAAUCAAUCAUUCAGUUGGCGAAUCUUGCCUUAUUUUCUGAUUCGGUUUGGAAUUGGAAGGUGUCGGCGAGGUAGACCUACUACCUGGCUAUCUACCUUGCGAUGGGAGGAUAUGUGACGUUUAGUCUGGCCUGAUCUAGAAGUACAGAUUUGUCAAACCUGAUCUAGAAGUGCAUUAACCCGCCCUGAAAUUUGGCCUCAACUCGUCCAAGUGGCGAGGUCACGGCAUGCGAUUAGCUUCUUGAUUAGUACAUAUUCAACUGGUCCAUGUAUACUUUCCAUUGAUUAGUCCAUGACAGUGUGUAAAAUGUGCCUGGAAGCCGUGGCGCGGGGUCUACUCUCUCUUGCCUCCUUUUUCCUCGGUCGUACGGUCGUACCAAUCGACCACCACUUGCUACUUGGCCGGGCCAAGUUGACAUGUCCGAUGUCCCCGCACAUGUUAAUAAUCUUCAGACCAUGGCUUAAUGAUCAUCACCAAGCAUGAAGCUUCCUUGGAAGCAGCAGAAGAACGCGCACGUCCCGAAGUUCGGCAACUGGGACAACGACGGCAACGUCCCCUACACGCUCUACUUCGACAACGCGCGCAAGGGCAAGGGCGGCAAGCCCAUCAACCCCAACGACCCCGUCGAGAACCCCGAGGCCUUCUCCUCCUCUGUCGUCGCGCCGUCGCCGAACCGCUCCUUCGACCAGGGCAGGCCGGCUCUCCCUCCUGCCUCCCCGCCUCCCCCUCACCACCACGAGCGCCGGCCCAGCGACGCGCCGGCGGUCGCCCCGCCGCUGUCCCCGUACCACCGCAACGCCGGUGGCGAGCCGCCGAGAAGAGGCCCUGGCGGCGGACGGGCAGGCGGAGGCGGGUAUAGCGUGGAGCAGUCGCCGGGGCCGUCCCCGCUGCACCCGUACGGACAGUCGAGGGCCGAGUACUCCGAUGGCAGCGGCUACGGCCUCGUGGCCAACUCCGUGGACCGGUCCCGUGCCAGGGGCGCCUCGCGGGGCAACGAAACGCCGACGAGGGGGUCAGCGGUGCCCAAGUUCGGCGACUGGGACUCCAACCCGGCGUCGGCGGACGGCUACACGCACAUCUUCAACAAGGUGAGGGAGGAGAAGAGCACCCAGGCCAAGGCACCGGGGUUCGGCAAGGACAACGUCGCCUAUGGCAACGGCCGCAGGCAGCACGACGACGGCUACGUCUCCUCGAGUCGCUGGUGCUUUGGGUGGUGCAAGUAGGGGUGGUUCGACAGAUGAUGAUGGGGAAAAGUAAGCGAGGAUCUUUGGGAAUGUAAAUUGUGUGAAAUUAAGAAGGUUUUUGCCAUUGAUUCAACUUCGAACUUCUGUAAUCCCAUUUUUUGGGACAUUAUUUGGCAUUGGGCACUCAGCAGAGUUCAUAUUCUUUUGAUUGUGAAAUAUACUCCUACUAUUUCUUUCUGAUGUGGAAUGUAGAGUUCAGCCAUGGUUGUUGUAAUACUAGAAUUCUGUUGCGGGGCUUGUAGUGCAAUACUGGGUACUGAUUACCUUUAAUCCAAUUUCGGAUUGCAGAUA